CCUAACCUCAGCAACCGCGUCGUGCUUUCGCGAUCUCGUCACCGCAGAAAAAGAAACCUACCACCAUUCCGAACAGCACCACGCGUGAAAUACCAAGCGCAAGUACUGGCCAUCAUGGACUCGAGGUCGCCGCUGCAGGGGCGCCCUCCGGUCAGUCGAGGGCCUCAGAGCAUCCGCGAAUUCAUCCAUCGCAUCAAUGCCGAACCGGGUGGAUUCCGAAAGCUCAACGAGCAUGACUUGCGGAAGCAGAUCGCCGCCCAGCGCGCCAGUGGCCAUGACAACGAUGUCGACGUCGACAUGGCAGAUGUUUCCGAGCCCGAGCAGACGGUAACGGCCAACGAUCUCGUUACUGCCCGCGACGAGAUAAUCCGGAAUAUUCACGAGGCACACAAGACGGCGAACAUUACUCUCGACCUAAUCUCUCUCCUCCUCUCCAAAGAGAACCCCGCGCAGGCCGCUGCGACCCUCAAUCCCGAGCUGCGCAACCUCGUUGGCAUUGGUACUCUUGGAGCAACUACCCUCGAUGCCCCUACAACGCUGGCCCAGAACAGGGUGGGCGACAACAUGAUGGUGUCAAUUGGCAAGCGCCUGAUCUCUGUCAACGCAGCCGCCGACAGUGCGCUCGAGUCGGCCAAGCGGCUGCAAGAAGAGGUUGAUUUGGAGAUCAAAUACUGGUCCGAGGUCCUCGCAGUCAGCGAGGGCGGCUGGUCGACAUUCCAUCUGCCCAACGAACCCCAUACUCUCGGCGUCAAGUUCGGCUUUUCCAACGCCGCGCCUGACUUCAAGGCUAGUAGUAUUGCGCCCAUGAGAAGGGCUGAGGAUGGGGCUGUCUCCUUGGAACCCGGCAAGCUUGUUGGCCAGUCCAAGCGCUUUCAGGUCAGCAUUUUGAGAGACGGUGAGGUUGUGGGUAAGUCGUCGCUUGCCAAGCCUCUACUCAACGAUGCGCCACUCGAGAGCCGCGUUCGGGAGGCGCGCGACACCGUCUUUGCCCAAGAGCUAUGGCAUGAGAUAAAUCGGGAAGGCCGGACGCUGCUUGGACAUCGUGUCCGCCUGGAGAGAUCCGCCGUCACUUAUUCCGUCGAUUCCAAGAAGACACUAUUAUUCCAACUUGUAACCCUGGACGAUCAACUCUCUGCCGACCCUUUUGAAACAACUGCCGACGAUGGCGAAGCAGAAAACAUCAAUGUCACGCUCCACCUCCUUUUAGCCAAUGCCCACAGACAAAACGACCGGAGACGGUACGAUAAAUAUGAACUGAAAGAGAAAAGGGGGCCACCACAACCCUAUUCUCUCCUCUUGCCCAUUGUCACGUAUUAUCAACAUGAGGGGACAGUUGAGCAGUGCGUAUCCUUUUUUUCUGCUCUUGUCAGUGUCCUUCGCUCCGCCGGGCUGGAUGCUUCUUGCACAAUGACCGAGGAGCCGAUCAGAGACGCCGGAACUCAGCCGUUGGCAGCGCUUGGAACGAGCCUUUUGAGUCCAUCAGAUGUCCAGUUUGACUUGACCAUCACCCCAGAGUCCCGCCUCAGGGUCCUGACCAAGGCUUCUCCUGCUUUUGGCACGCGAUUCUUGGUAUAUCUACAGCCCCCUGCCCAGGCAGAUCUUCGGAAUCCCUUGUCAACAUGCUUUCCCCCAUAUACCCAAGAAUCCGGAAUUCCGGGCAGCAAUGUCGACACCUUCUACGAUACUACCAAGCAGCUGUUUUGGUAUCUCACUGGUGCCGUGCCCCGAGCCCUUGCCCUGAGCUACAUGGCGAUAGUGUACGAGCCGAGACCCGAUACCGCCGAAGCAAAUGGCCACAGAGCGACACACUGGAUCGUCCACUCGAGCGACAAAGGCCUGGUUGACUACGAUACUCAGAGCUUCGGCAUCUAUUUCGACGUCCCGUUGGAUACCGAGACCGGCCCCCCGGCGCUCCACGUCGCCGGUGACUUUGAAGAGGAUGAUAAGAAGAUCCAUAGGGAGUGGAGGUGGACCUCUACUUCGGCCAGCUCCGAGAGUAGUGGCAACCUAGAGCAGAUCGUCAGGCACGUCCUCUCAAAUGCUGGCUUCUAGAGCGAGCCGGCUUUUUCAGAAUGUGACCCAAGGUCCAGAUCUAAGACACUGGACUUUGAAGAGCCCCCUGUUGCUUCUAGCGACCAUGGGGACGGCCAGGUUACUUUUGAGUACAUUGUGGAGGCGCCCAGAUCUAAGACACUGGAC